CCAGAACGCCUCUGUGUCAUCGCAAGCGGUUGUUGUCAAACACGGGGAAGAAAACGGUGAGAUUGACAGAUCCCAUCAUGCAGCUGUUAGUGGACGGUCUGAAGUGGUUUGGGGUCGAGGCGAGUGGACUCUCACUGACCGUGUGCCUUUUUCUGCUCUCCCUCAGCCUCCUUUACUGGUACUCUAUCUCCCCGUUCUCCAAUCUGGAACGAUGUGGCAUCAAACACCCAAAGCCCUUGCCAUUUAUUGGGAACCUGAUGAUGUUCCGAAACGGUUUCUUUAAGUCUCAAGCUGACCUCAUAAACAAGUACGGACGAAUUUGUGGUUAUUAUAUAGGCCGGCGGUCUACAGUGAUCAUAGCGGACCCGGAUAUGCUUAGACAGGUGAUGGUGAAGGAAUUCAAUAAGUUCCCCAACAGAAUG